AUUCUGUCGUGUUGCGUUAUGUGCACCUGUAAAAAGUAGACCAGCAUUUCAAGUUAAUAACACCUAAGUGUUCACUGUGGAGAUAAAAGGACGAGUGACGCAAUAGCAUAUUUUCUUUAAAUACAAAAUUAGUGCUUCUCCGCAUGUAAACUGGAACUGAUAAUAUAAAAGGUCAACACUUUUGCGGACUUGCCUUUUCUAAACAAAGCUCUCAGAACCAAUCUUACAAAGUGCCAAAUAGAUACAUACGAUGGCUCAAACGAUUGAAAAAAAAAACUCAUAUUUCAGCUUGCGCGCCCGACUCUGUAACUUGGGGUCAGUGGAACACUUCAGUUAGUACUUAGCUCGUGCUUCACGUUAAGGGUUAGUAGUCAUUUCAUGCAAGAGGCUCAUUUCAAUUGGUAAGAGUAACAGUAUACUUCGAUAAUUAACAAAUGCCGUGAAUGCGUGUCAAAUAACCCACGAUAAACAAGCGCGCUAUUUGCAACGCUAAAUGUAACAUUAAAUAUGAGACGCUAAUAUUGGCCAGGAACGAUAGCGGCACAUGUUAUGUUACUAUUUGAUUGUGUACAUUUUACGAUCGGUGUUGUGCGGUACAAGUUCUCAGAUUGAUCACACCUAUUAACGUUAACUCAGUGGAAGACAGCUAUAUACCAGCUCGUAAUAGAAGCACACGAAAAGUACUUGUGUUCGCCUCUUUGUGCUCUAGUUAGGUCGAAAGCACAAACUUCGAUCGUGCAUGCCCGCCAAUCUACUGGGUUUCUUCCAUACUGUGGACAUCAUACCUACGUUGACAAAACAAAAGCAAGCAUUUUUGCACUGCUUUGGUGGACGGUACGUGGCCCCACGGUGUCGCGUUCAGUAAGUCCACUUCCACAAUGCGUCUGCAAACGUUUUGAAAAUCCUGGUCAUCUGGAUUCGCGUGACUUAUAAUGACAGUAAACUGAUCACAAAGUAAACAGCAGGCCAAAACGAUAGUUCGUUUUGGCAUCUCUCAGUGAUCUAGCCAUAGGUGAUGGCUCCGCGCAUCUUCAAGCUCAUCCGAGGUGUCCUAGCAGAUUGGUGUGAAAAGCGGCAAGAAAAAAACAGUAUUCAACAGCUCUUACUAGAUGAUCGAAUCAUCUCGGUGAAGUUUAAGCGUUCCAAAAAUGGCGAUUUACUCUAUCUGAAGCGUAUGAGAAUUCAGGGCGAGUUACAUGGUAACAAAUCGUACACAACCAAGGUGGAGGUGCGUCACCUUGAAGAGCUCGAGCUCACCGAAGCGGCCUCACAGCUUCCAAGUAUUCUCGGCCCAUUAAGUAGUCUCAAUAGACUUGAAAUUGUUGGACAACGUAUUAGCAAAGAAAUUGCCCAUGAAAUCGACAGAAUCACAAUUAAAACACUAAUGUUCACGUCAUGCCAAUUUGAAGCGACUAGUCUUAAUACUAUCUUUAAGAAACUGCACGGUCACAAAUCUGGCACUCAUCAAUUACAGCAUCAAAAUUUGCUUACAACAAUGAAAUGGGUCGAGAAGAGGGCAGUCGUUGGCCUUGAUGUCCAGUCAUUUCCAGGACUGAAGACUAGCCUUGCCUUCUCAGUACAUGAGAACGGCGAAACGGUCCUUCAGUUCAAGAGUUGCAUAGUCGCUGCUGUCCUGGGUUGCGUUAAGAGUGUCGACCCCGACCCCUUGAUCGGGUUCAGCCAAGUCGUUGACGAAAUCAACCAGCUAGUGAACGACAACCACAGGGCUGAAGUGAUGACUUCCAUUCUGGCUUCGGAACCGAUGGCAGAUGGAACCGAUGACGACGGCGACGGACUUGACAACACUAUGGAAGACUCAGGAAUAGAUCGUAGCCAUGUGGUCGACUACAAUAAUAAGGAGACAGUACAACCCCCUGUUUUGACAGAACUCAAGGAACGUGUAGGACGAGCCAAUUCCAUCGACUCUGGGGUGGAUUUUACUCACUCUACACUACCAGUUAUUACAAGCUUAUAAUACUCACUGCUUUAUGUUUCGUUCCAUCUUCCCUUGUUUAUGUCCGGGAAUUUAGCCUUUUUCCGAGCUUUUAUUUUGUUUACGAACGCCGUCUGCCGUGCAUGCUGAGGCAGUUCGGAUCAUUACUUUUCACCAGUGAUGCCUACAAUUUGUUUUUGACACCGGUGUGUCCUUUAGCAAGAAAUAAUAUGAGUCGAUCAGAAGAACUAGCGCCAGUGUUUCUGCGAGAAACCAUUCACAUCGAUGGUUAGUUCAGUGGAAGAGUCUUAUAGAUGGUCAACGGUCGAGAGGAUUAUACCUUGAUAAGGAUCAACAGUAAUGAUGGAUGAGCGGGCGUUUCAAGUAUCGCAACUCCUGAUACGAAGAUAACUCCGGACUGGGCCUUACGCGUCGCCGUCGCCGUCGCCGUCGCUAUGUGGGUCGCGAAUGGCUGGAAGCGUCUAUGCAGGUUUACAUUUGCGGGUGUGCGUUGACCAGUCUUGGAGUCAGCGACUCUGUAGGGACAGUUAUAUAAUCAGCCCUCAGUAACUGCAAAGCCAAAAGCUAUGACUUCAAUGCAUUUUUUUAGAUAGGUUUUUUCGCUUGAAAGCACCUCGAUGUAGCGUAAACAUUUUUGUAUAGCCACUUUUGCAUACUAUUGUUUUCACCUAAUCGCAAAGAAUAGUCAACAAAGCUAAGAGACAUUACUAUAUAACUGCAUAUGUUACACGUGUGCGUGUGCACAGAAUGCAUUGCAUGAAGACUUAUCUUUCAACAAACUAUCCCGUUUGUUUUCGUUAGCUGCUAGCUCCGGAGCCUGCGAGUAUGAAAUGGACGCGAAG